AUGUCCAUCUCAAACAGCUCCACCGCACGCACCGCAUUGCGCUCCACCCCUUCCGCUCCGUCCCUCAACAUCAUCGCAAGAUUGCAAGUCGCAUUACCUGAAUUUCCUUUCGCCAUUGCACGAUCAUACAGUGCCACAGCCACAGCUCGUACUCCAUCACUCUGUACUCCUUCGGCGCCUUGUUUCAGCGAAUUACCGAGGUUCACCAUCGCAUCGGCGUCCUCACCCUUCUCGAUAGCGCGCUCGUAUAGCUCCAUAGCUCGCACCGCGUCACGCUCUACUCCUUCGGCUCUUUGUUUCAGCAAAUUACCGAGGUUAUACAUUGCAUUUACGUCCUCACCCUCCUCGAUAGCGCGCUCAUCAGCUCCAUAG